GCCAGAGGAGAAUGGACUGGCUGUUUCAAGUUCAUCAAAUCGGAAGUGUCUUACAGACUGCAAUAUUUUCUGUAUUUGAAUUUGAAAUAAAUCGCCUUUACGUUAUCUCCACAUGGUGUUACACUGCAGCUCUCCAGGAGGCGGCGGUAAAACCAAAAGACUGUCACGGCCGACGAAGAAGAAGUUCUGCACUCUGUACAGCGAAACAAACGCAGUGGGAUUAAAUUAAAAAUGUCGAUUGUUUUUGUACCAAAGAAACUACGAGGAAAAGCUACAGUCAACCAAGAGACAAUACAGAGGUUACUGGAUGAAAACGAUCAGCUAAUCAGAUGCAUCACAGAGUACAUGCAGAAAGGACGCGCGGUGGAGUGUGUGCAAUAUCAGCAGAUCCUGCACCGCAACAUCGUCUAUCUGGCAACCAUAGCUGAUGCGAGCCCCGACAGUGCAGCUACCUCAUCAAAUUCCACAUCUAAUGACACAUCGGCCUCAGCAGCAGCUGUGAACGGGCACAAAGGGACAAGCUGAUUGCGGUUUCUGUGACAGCCGCAUUGUUUCUUAGAGGCAUGUGAUCCUUGUCAUUUGACAACAAGAUUACACAGAAACUACCAAGGUGGAAACUUGGAGAGGUGGAACAGGAAGUGGAGCGGCUUCAGCUCCCUCCUUGUGGGGGGAAAAUGGGCACUGGCCUUGGCAGAAAAUGCCCUCCCUAAGCACCCUGCUAGUCGAGAAUGAUCUCAUAACAAAGAACUGUGUUCAGUCUAAACUGUUUUCAGUGAUGUAACCCAUUGCAGGGUCACAGGUUGGAUAUGUGGACAAAUUUAGCAAAAUGUUUUGUUAUUCAAAUGUAUAUUAAAGGACAUUCUUAUUUUUA